CGCGCAGGUGAGUUCGGCGCUCACCGAGCUGUCGGACGGGCCCUACUUCGACCUCGCUGGGUGGCUCGACCAGGCGUCGCUCUGCAGCACGGACGCGACCUGCCGUCGCCUGCUCCAGCUGAACAGCGCGAACAUCGGGCCCUGGCGGGCCAUGGGCGCGCGCAUCUUCAAGGGGCUGGAGCUGCACGAGACGAGGGGCUGUUCGAGCCCGUCGACAGCAGCAGGAAGCUGACGGCGAUCUUCUGGAAGGGCCGCUUCAAGCGGUUCCAGGACGUCCUCGCGACGUUCAUGGAGCCCUUCUGUGGGCGCGAGAUCAGAGAGGUCGAGCAGGCUGACGAGGUCGCCUACGUGAAGUGCCACCUGUGCACCGACGUCCUCUGCGAGGACUCGAAGGACACGCCGGGCGUCUACCUGGAGGUGGAGGUCCCUGCUCCCCGCGCUGCGCCACGCCUUGCCGCGCGGACCGCCCCCUGC